AAAAAUAAUUAAUAAACAAAACUAAAAUAAAAGCAACAAAAAGGAGUCCUAACCUAACUCGUAUCCUCCUAACCCUAGCCCUAACCCUAACCUUACCCUAACGGUAACCUAACCCCAACCCUAACCCUAACUUAACGCUAACUCUAACCUAAACCUAAUACUAACCCUAACCCUAACCCUAACUCGAUCUUCCCUUCCAUGAUUGUCACGAAAACCCUCCUCUUAAUGGUCAUGGGACUUGCAGGACGUGAAAAUGGAGGGAAAGCGAAAAAUUGUCGCGUCCUGCGUCGAGUCCUGGCUCAAAAUCCUGGCUCGAGUCCAGGCAUGAGUCCCGGCUCGGUAUAUAAGCAUCCUCGUCAGGUUAUGGUAAUACACAUGUUUAAUAAAGCCUAAGCGCGAAAAAGUAGUGUAAUAGGAAUGUGUUUGUCUAUUCGUAAAGUGGAUUCUCGAUACUUGCUAUAACAAGGCACCAGGAGGCUGACAAGGUCCGCUCAUUGUAACUGGAGAACGUUUUAUCGAAAACUUUUUUUGUACAUUUUACACAUGUGAUAGAAGCGAAUAAUACCGUUCGUUUUACCGUUGUCUUUAUUAAUAAGGGUACAUAUUAUUUCAAAGUUUCACUGAGUGAAACAAAAUAAUGAAAGUUGCUCUAAUAUAACUUUUUAAAAUUUAGAUUCAAAUCCAGCUUUGCUAAUCGUUGGAACAGAAGAUGUUCUUCUCAAAAUUGACCUGCGAAACACAUCAAGGAGAACGAAACUUCAAGUCAAGAACGUAGUGUCACUGGACUUUAGUUCCGAUGAAAACAUGGUUUACUGGUCAAACAAGAAAGAGAUAAAUCAGCUCUCUCUACAAACCGGCAUCAGUGAGGUCAUACCUUUUCAUCACAAUGACGGCAGCUCUGUGCCAUUCCCAGAAGGCCUUGCAGUUGAUUGGAUAAGUGAUAAAUUGUACUGGACUGAUGCCAAGCGAGACGCCAUUUACGUGGGAAAUUUGCGCAACGGCAGAAAAGUGACAAUUAUCAAAGGAAAGCUUGAUUCACCAAAGGCCAUAGUCGUCAGUCCUUCAAGCGGGUUAGUUAAACAGAUGACCAUAGAAUUGUGCCCAACAGAACGAAAUUUGAUUCCCAAUUUUUUUUUUUUCAAAUAUUACAGCAACACAGUAACAUAGUUGUUGGGAAUGGUACUGCCCUUGCCACGACAUGCACAAAUGGUUAGAUUCCCGAAGUAGCCUUUUUGGGGGAAAAAAUUCCAAGGCUCCUUCGCACUACACUCUCACUUAUCUGACUCUUGUGGGAACUUAGAAGCAGGGAGCUUAAGCAACGAAGACGACGACGGCAGUGAAAACGUCGCUAAAAAUUAAUUUGCGUCUUUUUAAAAUUUAUGGCGUCUAUUUGGACCCACUCAAUAUCUCAAAUGCAGGCGUUUUUCUAUGGAGUUGAAUCCUUAAGGACUUUAUCCAAGUUAAAAAGAGAAGGGAAAAUUCGUCUAAAUAUGUUCACGUCCUCCAUAAAACGUCACAUUUGGAGGUUUCACGUUGUAGUCGUGCAGUAGACGUCAAAGAAAUGUACUUAGAGUCCCGCUCAUGUCCAUUCUUAUUGUGCACGUUGAUGUCAAGUAAUUAGUAUAGGUAAUCACAUGAUUUCCAGUGCAAUUUGGAAUAAAUAAGCUUUGGAAUAAAUAAAUAGUAUUAAUAAGUAAUCACAUGAUUUUUCUCGUGCAAUUUGGAAUAAGCGCUUGUAAAUUUUUCAAAGACCACCAAAAGUGCACGAGCCGGUAGGGUGAGUGCACUUUGUGGUUUUUGAAAAAUUUACAAGCGCUUAUUUAUUCCAAAUUGCACGAGAAAAAUCAUGUGAUUACUUAUUAAUAAUAUGCACCAAAAACAUAACUUCAACAACAAACUUUGACAGCGCACACAUUUUUGGUUCAUUCAACUGAUUGGCUGAAACAUACUACUACCUUUGUGAAAUUCAAACUUUUUCAAGACCCUUUAAAAAUCAUUCAGCUAAGAACAUGAAAAUGUGCAAGGAUUGAUUUUACACCAGCCUGUUAAAGAUAACUUCGUUUACAAUAAUCAGCAAAAGUUAGUGUUUUUAGAAUCAUCAGUCCUCGAUUAUGAAAGCUCGGCGUUUAGAUACAAAAAGUAUACGGAAGGAAAAUAGAAGGAAACACUUCGAGCGGCCUAAGAUGAAAGACAGUAUAAAUUGCUGAUCGAGUUGUUUAAGAUGUUUAACAACUGUUCAUCAUUGUCUGUUCCUGAGACCCCAUUAUUGCUGGAUUCAUGAAGAAAUCUUUGAGAUUUAAAACCCGAAAAUGAAGGAGGCAAUUUGUUCUCUUUCGACGGUGCCAUCGAUGGGCGAGUGGAGCCACAGUUGCUUGGAUGUCGGAAAUAGCCAAUAUUUGUUUUUUUUUUCUCAAAAUUUCAUUUGGAUUUGCAAGAGAGUUGUCGUCGCUCUUCUUCGUCGGCUUCAUCGUAGUCGUUGAGGAAAUUUAUACUUCUGUGGCCCGUGACUUUGGCGAUAUCUGAGCGUACAAUGUUUUCUUUCUUCAGCUUGGUGACUGUUGUUUUUCUUGCACUAUGAUUCGUAAACUUUUUUCUCACUUACCUCAAGGCUAGUACGAGCUACGGGUUGUUUUCAUUAUGUUACUUAUCGUAUUUUCGCCCUUUGGUUUAAUUUGAACGAGAUAUUUGUCAUUAAAUUUACGGUUUCGUUUACUACUGUGGUAGAAAGAACCAGACCAUCGCACGUUUUCAUAGAGGUCUUCGCUCGACAAAAAAACUUAAAGAGAGCAACCGGACACCCUUCUCCUCCACAACAUACGUGGCUUGAAAUCCCUGUUAUUAUGAUGGAAAACUUGUAUCUUUGUUCAUCUAAUGCCUAAGAAGUGUUGCUAUCAUGACUUGCAUGUGGCUGUCACCGUUUUUUUCCUUACUUUUUUCUUAACUUCAGCGUAGUCUGUUUUAAGUAGCAAGUUUAGUUUCUCUGGCUCAUUUUCCUCGAUUUUGUUGACAGUAUUUUUCUCUUAGCACCAUAUUUUCAAUACAUUAAGCCAGAAAGACGUAUACUUUUCACUAUUUUUGGCUUUUUGGAAUAUUUUUUUACUGUUCUUUUAUUGUUUUGCAUGCAAAAUCAAAUAGUUAAUUUCGGAAAACCAGGGCCAUUUUCUUAAAUUUUGUUAUUAAAACAGCUCUUAUCUGAUUGGUUCUCGUUGGUUUCUUUUGUGUUUUCAGCUAAUCAGAAACCAUUUGUAAUUUGCACUCGUGUUACAGGAGAACUAUCUCAGCCAAUCAGAACUGAGUAAUUUUUUCGUGUAUAUUAUUAAGAUGGAAAAACAAGGCUUAGCAGACAAGCUCUUAUCAUUUGCCGUAUGUUUUUCUCACAGCUACAUUUACUGGACGAACUGGGGCCAAGCGCCUUAUAUUGAACGUGCGAGACUGGACGGCACCGAAAGAAGAGCACUUGUCUACAAUGGUAUCAAGUUCCCAAACGGCCUGGCUGUUGACGAGUUAGACAAGAAACUUUUCUGGGCCGGGACAGACGACAAUAAACACGGAAUUAUCGAGGCUGUAUCUCUGGAUGGUUUAAACCGCAGCGUCAUAUUCUACGAACAGGGCUACCAUCCAUUUUGCUUGGAUACCUUUGAAGACUAUGUUUACUGGGCUGACUGGGGGCGAAAUGCGAUUUUGCGCAUCAAAUCUCUCGGGGGUGAUGCAGAGGUGAUUAUUGACGGCUUAAACAAGCCAAUGGGAUUGAAAAUUCUUCACCCACGUGAAGCAAGGCCAGGUACGUAUUCUGAUACAUACAGUAGAAAGACGUUCAUCAUCUCUUGGGUUUUUUCUUUGUUUUCGUUACCUAUAAAAAUCUUCCUUAUUUAAAUUUCUUCUCUCAAAAGGAGGGAAGAGAGGGACUCCUAGCAAAGAGUUUGUAGCGGUUUUUCGUCGAGUAAUGCAGCAAUGUUGGGCUUUUCAAAACCUUCACUUUGUUUGAUUACACAAGUUCCAGAUGGCCUGGAGCUUUCGAGUAUUACGUUUAUUACUUCGUCUUUCCUUUGACGUAGGAUGUUGUUCAUUUUUCACUCUAGGCAAUUCUUGUGAUAAAAACAAUGGCGACUGUGAGUACCUUUGUCUAUCUAUCCUUCAAAAACAAAGAUGCUUUUGCAAGGAGGGAAUGAAAUUAAAAGAAAAUGGAAAAAAUUGUGAGAAAUACAAACUUCAAGGUAAGUCAUGCUUGUGACCAGUUCAUUGGAUUUCAAUUGUUUUUAUCGCUCUUAUACCGCAUGUCUUUACAUUACACCUAUUGCCUUCACUGCUUCGUGUCUGCUUAGUGGGUGGCGGUUUUUUUCCCCCACCUUUGCUGAAGAGAUAUUUAGUUUAUUAUAUAUCGGCAGAUCUUGAAAAUAAAGUUCGUCAGCUUUGGUGGCCAAAUUUUCUCCAACCAAAUCCGACUCUGUGUUUAUCUCCUCAGCAAACAAGUGCGCCGCCACGCAGAGCUCUUGGUCACGCAAUGCAAGGUUUUCAGCGUCCUUCUUACCGAAAAAAUGGCUUGAUAUAAAAGGACAAAUAGUCCGUGAAGGCAAAUCCAGUCAUAAAUCUGUCAAGGGAACGUUUUUGUAUAAUCCUUCCCCGUAAUUAAGUAUUCGACGAUAGUCUUGCGGUGUCGUGAGCACUGUCUUAGCGAUGGAAACGUAUAUAACGAGACACCUUCGUAUUUUUCUUGAUAAUCUGAAAUUCAUCUAUUUGUUUCCCAUCUAAGGAGAGGAGAAGAAUGGUGAAUCAUUGGAUUUCAGCACUCCAAUCUUCAUCAUAGUUAUGCUGCUGCUUUUGUUCGUAGCUGUUUAUUUUGCAUUGAAGAAACGCCCCUCGUGCUCUAGACCCGCUGAUCCACCCCGGGUGCCACGCGCGAAAAGGGCGAAUGAUAAGGGGGUCAUAGAUGAAGGAAUAGAGGAGGAGCUUCCCACAGACCAAACGGAACUUAUGGUUGCGGAAUCGCAACCAAAUAAUGAGUCACCUGAUUCAAACCAACAACUUUGUAGUUCUGAAGCAUCUGGAGUAUGCGCAUCGCCAGUGAAGGUGAGAUCGGCAAAAUAUUGCUUGUAACAGCACGGCUCUGUUGGUAUUAAACUAAAACACACUGCUAAAAGCAACAGCCCAUUUUACAGUUGCUGGUAGAGGCAAAGCUGGUGUUGACUUUGUCUUAUUAAAAUCCGUCCUUUUUUCCUAUGUAAUUGUUGCCUUUUAUGUUAAAUAUAGUAGUAUCUAGGAGGUAUGUGUAAAAAUAAUGUUAAUCCCUCGCAUUCAUUCCUAGGCGUGUGGUUACCAUGCGCGCAACUGUUAAGUGGUCCAUUGGUUAAGAUCCGUACUUUUUAGGAAUUGUUUCGGGAAGACGAGAUGAAUACUACAACAAAAACGAAGGAAAAUUGUAGGCUUCUAAAAAUACUUUUCUUUUUUAAGUACUUUUCAGAACUUGAUCAGUGAAUUUAUCAGUAGAAAAUAGUUAUGUACAGUUUUCAAUUACAAAGUAACUUUAAUUUGACACAUUUGCGUAGCGAGCAAAAACUAACUCUUGCAACUUUUUCCUUUAAUGCUGCGUUAUCUGCUUUCUAUUUUAAAAUUAAAUCCUGCUACUUAAGAGAAAUCAUUUACGAUAACUCUUAGACCGUGAUCUAGUGUCGUAAAUUUUCCGGCUUCAGUCAAAGAAAAAGAAAUUGUUGCACUUCAGAACAAAUUAUAUAGAUGUGUUCUGACCAUAAUAAAAACAUUUUUUCCUUUGGUUACAGAGAGAUGUAGUGGUUCACAUGCACAUGAACACAGUGAACACGGUGAACAUGAACACAGUGAACACAGUGAACACAGUGAACACAAUGAACACAGUGAACACGGUGAACAUGAACACAGUGAACAUGAAUAUGAAUACAACCAAUAACGUGGAAGUUCAACAAAGUGGCGGAGUGACUGUCGUAGGAGACGGGGCGAAAAUCAGUUAUCAUCAGCCCUCUCAAAGUUGA